AAAAUCAGCCACACCCUUUUCUUUGCAGCAAAGAAUAAAGAAGAGCUAUGGCAAGUGACAAGUGGACUUUAAAGCUAAACACAGGAAAAGUAGUACCCGCUUUUGGAUUGGGUACAUUAAGUUCAGAGAAAGGGGUUGUUGGUCAAGCAGUUGAUAUUGCUGUCAGGAAUGGCUAUCGUUCCAUUGACUGUGCUUGGCUUUAUCGCAACGAAGAUGAGAUUGGAGCUACCCUGGAGACCUUGUUCAAGGAGGGAGUUCUUAAGAGAGAGGACCUGUUCAUGACAUCAAAACUACCUGGCUCCCAUCAUAAUCCUGAAAAUGUUGAGGAGUGUUGUCGUGAUACACUCAAGAAACUCAAACUUGACUACCUUGAUCUUUACUUGGUACACUUUCCUUUUACCUUAACUAAAGAAGCAGGGUUGGCAUUUCCAAUGCUGACUGAGGACCACAAGAUAGGAUAUGAUUCAGACCGCAUGGCCAAAACUUGGGAGGCAAUGGAGAGUUUGGUUAGUAAAGGUCUUGUGAAGGCAAUCGGAGUAUCAAACUUUACAAUCACCAAAAUGGAGAAACUCCUUGGGACAGCAAAGAUAGUCCCUGCAGUUAAUCAAGUUGAAUGCCAUCCCUACUUCCAGCAAAAGAAACUUAAGAAGUACUGUGACUCCAAAGGUAUUGUCCUUGAGGCAUAUUCUCCUCUUGGCUCUCCUGGUCGUCCACAAAUGAUGAUCAAUCCUGAUGAUCCUGUAAUUAUGGAGGACCCCACAAUGAAGCAAAUUGCUGAGAAGCAUGGAGCUACAGUUGGACAAAUUUGCCUAUCUUUUCUGCUUCACCGUGGUAUAAUGAUCAUUCCAAAAUCAACCAGUGAAAAGAGAAUCAAGGAAAACAUUGGAGCUUGCAGUAUCACCCUCUCACCAGAAGAGAUUCAAGCUUUGGAAGGAAUUGAUAAAAACUUCCGUAUAUUCGAUGCAUUAUUCCUCCUGCCCCAAGGAGCAACUAAAGAACAAGUUUGGGAUAUAUCAGCAGAUGAAGCUUAUUCUAUUUAAAAACUAUUAGUAUUAUUCUUAUUGCAAGAGACAACUAGUGUCUUUAGUAUAAUUUUAGAGUUUUAAACCAGAGCUAGUGUGUGUUGUAUUGCCCAAAUUUAUCAGUUUAUUAGUUAAUUUCGA